UGCGUGGUCACUGGUCCGGUGUCACGUUGAUUUCCAGCGUGGAGGAUCAGCCUGAAGACCCUCCCUCCCUGCACCGCAAGAUAAGAGGUUUCUCAACAGCAUUGAUCAGAAUAUCAGCCUGAUCCACAGCGGAGGACGAUUUUGAGCUGGUUUUGGAGCUUGGAGAGGUGCUGGAUGAAGAUGAGGAUGUUGUUUUACAUCCUGCUGUUUGUGAUGGGAGGAGAUGUUCUCCUGGCCUGCUCUCUGAAGAACUACACGCUGUAUGUGGAGAGACACGAGUGCGGGCACUGCAUGGCCAUCAACACCACCAUGUGCAGCGGAAUGUGCUUCACACAGGAUACGAACGUGAGAGGAUUUGUGGGCAAGCGUUUCCUGAUUCAGAAAGGAUGCAUGCAUCGUUCUCUGGUCUAUCAUUCUGCGAAGAUGCCGGGCUGUCCCGUCCACAUUGACCCGCUGUUUUUUUAUCCGGUGGCACGACGCUGCCGCUGCACAAAAUGCAACACUACCAAGAACGAGUGCAUCUACAAGCCAAAUCAUGCUCCCAGCAAAUGCUCCGAGCACCUGCGUGCCGUCUGAAAUCAGUCGCCGAGGGCCUGCCCUGCUCAUAUAAGAUUUCCUUCUGUUUACCUGUUUUUUCAUCCUAAUGUUUUGGUAACAUUUGGUAACAAUAAAACAUGUUUUUUUAGAAAGUGUAUAGAAAUAGUAUAGAAAGAUAUGGUUGGUUUUGUAACAAUGUUGUAUAUAUAAUAUAUACACACAUAUACAAAAUUCAGCUAUAAUGUCUUGAUGAACGAGACCGUCUUUGUUCUGGUUCUGCUGUCUGUAUCUUUUUCACUAUAAAUAUCUGCAUUCAUCACUCAAGACUCAUUUACUGUAACUCACAAUAUCAUUCACU